AUGCUUGUGUGGAGUUCUUCACGACGUUUAUGUGGAGUUCUUGACGAUGUUUAUGUAGAGUUCUUGACGACGUUUAUAGAGUUCUUGACGACGUUUAUAGAGUUUUUGACGACAUGGGGAGCUGUUAUAAGCUCCAAGUAUAAUAUCGAAUUUACUUUUUCUAUAUCUUAUGGAGAUAUCUAUCAGAUGGACUUUUAA